UCCAAUUAAUUCUGGUGUUCAUAAUUAUUAACAUGGGGCGUGUGUAUAGAUAGACUAGAGAUAAUUGACAGUUCGGUAGGAGGAAGUGGAGCAGAGAAGAAGGGAGAAGAAGGGAAGAAGAAGAAGAAGAAGAGAGAGCGAUGUCCUCCAAUUCUAACGCAGUAGCGAACGGGUUAGCAGGAGCAGGAGGCGGUAUUGUUGCUCAAAUCAUCACUUAUCCCCUCCAAACAGUGAAUACGCGCCAGCAAACAGAGAGAAUAGACAAGAAGAAGAAGCAACCUCAAACCCCUUCCAAACGCUCUGGCACAACCACAGGCACUCUUCUUCAAAUCCUCCAGGUCGUUAGAAGCGAAGGUUGGGGUGGACUAUACAGCGGCCUCAGGCCUUCUUUGCUUGGAACUGCCGCUUCUCAGGGCAUUUACUACUACUUUUAUCAAGUCUUCAAAAACAAGGCCGAGUCCAUUGCAGCUGUACGCAAAGCCAGGGGACUGGGAGAUGGUACUGUUGGCAUGUUUUCUUGGCUUGUUGUGGCUGCCAUUGCUGGGUCCCUGAAUGUAUUGCUGACGAACCCGAUAUGGGUUCUUGUAACACGUAUGCAGACACAAACUCAAGCAGAAAGAAAAAUUAUUGAGGGAAAGAAACAAGCUUUAUUGAGGGAAGCUUCAGAAAGAAGCUCAAUAGAUUCAACUUUGCAAGAGAAGUUAGCUGAACUUGAUUCCAUAAAACCUCAUCCAUAUGGAACUUUACAAGCGGCAUGUGAAGUUUAUAGUGAAGCAGGAAUCACUGGAUUUUGGAAAGGCAUCAUCCCUACCCUCAUUAUGGUGUGCAAUCCAUCAAUCCAGUUCAUGAUUUAUGAGAGUUCAUCGAAGCAUCUAAGGGCUAAACGUUCUGCUAACAAGCAGGGGUACAAAAAUGUGACUGCUCUGGAGGUCUUUUUAUUAGGAGCUUUGGCAAAAUUGGGAGCAACUGUCUCAACAUAUCCCCUAUUGGUUGUAAAGUCGAGGCUUCAAGCAAAACAGGAGAUUGGUGGAAAUAACCUCUUAAGAUACUCAGGAACUCUUGAUGCGAUAGUCAAAAUGAUCCGUUAUGAAGGAUUGACUGGUUUUUACAAGGGGAUGAGCACAAAGAUAGUUCAGAGUGUGUUUGCAGCUUCUGUUCUUUUCAUGAUCAAAGAGGAGCUUGUUAAGGCUUACAUGGUACUGGCUGAUAAGAGCAAGAAACAUCUGAUAAUUUCUAAUAGUUGAUGUUUGUUUAUAGCUCAUGAAAAGGCAAUCACAUAACCUUAUCAUGAAUAUAUGAUGGUUAAAGACAGCACCUCAUGCCUGGACCAAUCACUCCCUGGGACAUUAUGAGUUGAAAACUCAAAAGUUAACAUUUUGCUUCUACAGUAAUGGAAUUCUGUAAUUUUUUUUUUA